CUUGUUUUAGAGUUUUGCAGUGUACGAUUUUUUUGGCCACCUUUCGUGUAGACACAACACAAAGAACAGAACCAUGAAAUUACUGCUGGACGCCAAGUGCUGAUGCGAGUGAAACCAGAACCGCGGGCAAGCGGAGCACACAGUGACCCCCACAUCCAGAUCACAGGAGCACACAGGAUCGCACAGGACAGGGAAGAUGCAUGCCGCAUCCAUGACGACGGUGGAAGGUCUGCUGCAGGAGUUCUAUCAGCCCAGUACCUCGAAUGCCCGGAAGCGAGAGAUUGAGACGAACCUGCUGGCCUUCAAGUCUCAACCGGAGGCGUGGCAGCUUUGCCUCCGUGUGGCCACCGCAUCCGACAUUACCGAGAAUCAGUUUCUCUGGUUCUUUAGCACCUCCACGCUAGAGCACACAAUCACACGGAGAUGGACGCAGCUGACGUCCACGGACAAGACUUUGCUGCGGGAAGCCCUGUGGAACUCGUAUGCCCAGUUGGGAAGCACUCCCAAUGCGGCCAAGCGGCACCGGGACACACUGGCCCAGCUGAUAGCUCUGCUGGGGAAGAGGGAGUUCCCCGAGCAGGACCCCAACUACAUGCAACACUGCAUGGAGCUGACGAAGACCCGCUUCCAGCUGGGCAUCAACCUGCUGAGGAUCACCUCCGAGGAGGUGGUGAGCAACAGGGGCGAUCUGACCACCGAAUGGAAGCAGUACUUCUACUCCUGCAUCUCCAUGUGUAUACCCGAUGUCCUGGACCUGGUCACCAAGUAUCUACUAAUCGCUGUGUGCCAUAUCAAUGGCAAAGACAUCCAAACGACCAUACCAAACACCCUCAUGGACUUUAGUCUAACCUCAGCGCUGCCAAAUGACAAUCAAUUAAGUUCCUCUAUUUUGGAGCUGCUCGGCUGUGUGCAGCACUUGGUCUCCUGGAUACGCACUGAACUGAUCUCGGAGUACUUCCUUAUGAGCAUACUCGACCUCUCCCAGUGGCGGCCUGCCCACGAACCCAUCUCUCUGGCGGCUCUAUCGGUGCUGAACGAGCUCCUCUACCUGCAGAAGCCUUUGCCCUUUGCGGGCACUCUGAUGGGUGGCGUUAGCAGCCUCCUGGAGCAGCAUAACAACAAUCGGCGGCAGAGCGAGAUGUACAGCGAUAAGUUUCGGGAGCUGCUGCGCCUCUACACCACCAAGUAUGCCGGCAAGCUGAUGCAGGAGCCGGAGCUGCUGGAGACCUUCCUGAAUCUGCUAUACGGCUGCACCACAGAAUUGCACGGCGCUUUGGACUUUACCGAAAAGUUGGAGAUCUGGACGCCAAUUAUCAAAGGCAUCGCCCAACAGCCCGCCAAAAUCACGCGCUUCAACCAUGUGCUCACCCAGCUGGUGGAUGAGAUCAUGCGGCGCACUCAAUUCGAGGCCAACAAACCCGAACUGGAGGUGCUGGAUAACGAGCUCAUGGAGGACGAUGCUUCCGCCACCGAGUGGCAGCAGUUCCUGGACCAAUGCUUCGAGUCGCUGGCCCUGCUGGCGAACACCCGAGGUGCCCACAUCGUCUUCGCACAAGUCUAUAACCACUGGUCAAGGCCGCAGAUGUAUCUGCUGUCGCUGGAGCACGCCCUGGAUCACGGAAGUGCGCGCAGCUAUGAAGCGGCACGCAAACUGAAGGGCGCCAAUGUGGGCGAGAUUCUGCGUGACUUUGCCACCGUCUGCCAGGCGGUGGUGCGUCUGGCCCCGCUGAUGGACACCUCGUCGGCGGCGCCCGGUGUGGCGGAUGAGAUGGAGUGCCAGCUGCAGAUGCUGUCCGACAGCCUGCUGCAGACGCUGCAGCUGUUAGCCAGCAAUCGCUUGGGUAGCGGCGGCAGCGAAAUGGAUAAGGCCACGUUCCAGACUGAUUUGGAUAACCUAUACGCUCAAGUUCUGCUGGCCAUCCGCAGCAUCUUUCCGCUGACGAAGGCCAUGAGCGGCGAGGAGCUGCUGCACCGCCUGUUCGCCAUCCUGGGCAGCAUCUUUGCCUGCAACGGAUCCCUGUCGGCCGCCUCGCCCAUUGUGCAGCAGGCGGCCAGCGAGCUGCUGCUCUUCAUCUCGACUGUGAUACGGCCCAAGUGCCUGCUGGAUAUACCGCAGAUCCAGAGCCUGCUGCAGGCGGGCUCCCGCCUGGGUGCCCAACUGCCGCGCCAGGUGUGCAUCAAUGUGCACAUCAGUCUGGUCAGCUACAUGGUGCUGCCGUGGAAGAGUGUGCCCGAGCAGCAGCAGGACUAUCCGCGACGCCUCUGGAUGCUGCGCGAAUAUGUCCAGGGGCUGGCGCAGAACUUCCUGGAUCUCGAUUUGGGCCAGGUCAACGAAAGCAAGGUGGCGGCCACCACGCUCAGUCUGCUGGGCACUUUUACGGCUCUCAUCGAGUAUUUCAAGGCCACUGGCGGCAAUGCCAAGGAUAUGCUGGCAAGCACUUUCAAGCCCAUUUUGACCAAGGCCCUGAUGAUCUUCAACAGUUUUGGCCUAAGCAGCAUUGCCAUGGCCAUCACGGUGGCCGAGUUUAGUCUGAGCAUGCUCCGCACAUUGCCCACCCACUUGGGGGCCCAGUUCAUCAAGGAGAUGAUCACUUUGUUCAUCAAUGUCAGCAGCAGGUGGGAGCAAUUGACUCUGAGCCGGCUAGCUGUGAUGGAAAAGAUACUGCAGAUGUUCAAGCUGAUUGUGGAGCAGCCGGGUAGCGCUUCGUUGGGCUUGCUGCCCUCCAUUCUGGACUUCAGCACCCAGCAGAUUUUGCCGCUGUUGCAACAGCAAAAUGCAGCCACCGAUAAUAGCGAGAUCACCAGUCUGCUGUACGCUUUGUUUGACAGCGUACUCACCUGCAAGUGGCAGUUCUUCUACAAAAACCAGCUGUCCAAUGGCCACAGUGGCGGUGGCUCCGGCAACUUCAACUGCAGCGACAACCUGCAUCCGGCGCACUUCAUGGCCAUCCUGAAUGCCUACGGUCAGAUGCUGGUCAGCGGCACGGAUCCCUCCAAUGUGCGCAGUGUUCUGUUUUCCAUGCAGAAUGUGAACGAAAGGAGUCGGCUGUAUCAGCGUGCCUUGUUUAAGGAGCAGCUGCUGGCCUCCUUUCAGCGGGCUUUGCUCAACUUGCUGCUGAGUGGAGAGGGCUCCCUGCACUUCGACAUGAUUGCCCAGGCGUUGUAUGCGAUGGGCCAGGUGGACCGACGCCAGUUGCUUGAGAGCUUCGCCCACGCCUCGCUGCCGGUGGCGCAGACGGCGCUGGAGGAGAUCUGCCAGACAAGUGACAUUCCAACGUUUACGCAGAAACUCACGCAGCUCAUGCAGGACGCCCACUGUGUGCAUCUCAAUGAGACAGCGUAGGACUUUCCUGAAACCCGGGACGCCUUCCACUGCCCCCCAUCCUCGCCCCAUACGCUCAUACGCCCUCUUUUUAAAAACCCACAUCUUGUAGAGUACUUACAUGUAAAUACUUUAUUGUUUUAUGUUUUGUAACUUUUAUUUGUACUUUGCUGUCGCUUCUUGUAUGCCAUAUUUUCGGUGACUGUUGUGUCAUCCUGCUCGGAUCCCUUGUCAAGUGUCCUGUGACCCUUGUCCUAUGACCCUUGCCCUGUGACCCUCGUCCCAAUUUCCCCUGCUUGUGACCCAAUCCCUGCCAGAUUGCGUUUGCUUUCCUUCUUUUGCGCAAGGUUGUGUUUCUCACUAGAUCGAACAGCAUUCAUCCCGAUUGAUAAAAGACAUUAAUUGUUAAUUGAAAACAAUUUUUUUUGUUUGUAAGUUUAAAAGCAUUCUUAUCUUUAAUUUUAUGUUUACCACAUACAAAAAGUACUAUUACUCUGCUUUCUGUGCUGUCACCGCAAAUCGAUUAAAGUCAUACCUAUAUCUUAGUAGCAUAUAUACAUACAUAAUACAUAAAUUUAAUUAGCAUAUAUCAAUAUGUAAAUCAGUUACGUCAUAAGCAAGUGAAAUGUAUCAAGUAAAAAAACAAAAA